CAAGCAGAUACCUACGAUUGAGAGAAUCCAAAGUGGAUGAGACUAGGUAACCUUGGGUUCUGCUUGGGUUGGUCAUCAUUCUUGCAGCACCCCAAGUUAGACUCAAGUGUAGACUACUAUACAGUAGAAUAUGGCAUGUAGGUGCAUUGUCAAACAAAGCCCACAGAUCGCCGGCUGUUGUCAUGACAGUUGUCGUGGCGGCAGCCCAUGAGACUCAUUUAUGCUGCAAAGAGGCACACGGCUACCUGCAGCAACACCAUUCCUCAUUCUAUCUAUCCAGGUAUCUCCUCUUUCAGCCGAUAAUCUCCCGACCUCUAGCGUUGUGCAAAUCCAAAGCUGUUUGUCUGCUGUUAUCUACAUAGUAAGCUCGCCGUGACAUGCCGUAGAUCGCUCAAACGCCUGACUGCCGAGCUGAAUGACUCACGCCUCACCACGCCUCCUAUAGGGGUCUACGGUUGGAAAACCUAGGUGAGCUAUCGCCGAUCAACAGAUUAUCCUCACCGCGUUCCCGUCGCUACUAGUUCCAAACCCCAUACGAUCAAUUGUCAUAUUUCUGAAGACAUGGCAGACAAUUCUCAGAACGGGCUGUCUGCCGCUAAUGAGCGGACGCCGUUGCUGUCUAGUGAUGGUUCGGACCAGAACAGCCCUCCGGUCGACAGCGAGCAGCAACCCGGCGAUUCCGGCAAUGACGGAGAGCAGACUAUCAUUGCGGAAGAAGUCAAGGGUCUUAAACUGUGGACUAUCCUCGCCACUUGUUGGUUUGGGGUGUUUUUUGGAGCCAUCGACGCCAGCAUCAUCGCCACACUCUCUGCUCCCAUUUCCAGCGAGUUUCAGUCUCUGAGUCUCCUGCCGUGGCUGGCAACCGCCUACCUCAUCUCCAAUGCUGCCUGCCAGCCCAUCUCCGGCCGGCUGACGGACAUCUUCGGCCGGGGUCCGGGCUUGGUGUUCAGCAAUAUAUUCUUUGCUGCCGGAAACCUCAUCUGCGGCCUCGCCCCGAAUGCUAACAUCAUGAUACUCGGCCGUGUCGUGGCGGGUAUAGGUGGCGGUGGAUUGAUGACGAUCAGCACAUUUGUCGGCACCGAUCUCGUACCCCUGAGGAAUCGUGGGAUCAUCCAAGGAAUCGGAAACAUCUGCUAUGGCGCGGGGGCAAUGUUGGGGGGUGUCUUUGGUGGUCUCAUCAACGAUAACUCGCGCUGGGGCUGGCGUCUCGCGUUUCUCAUCCAGGUCCCUCCAGUCAUUGUCUCUGCUGGGUUGGUGGGUUACCUCCUUCGAAUUCCUCCAAAGGUUUCCGGGAAGUCAUACCUCGCUCGUAUUGAUUUUACUGGGGCACUAUCUCUCGUGACCUUUUUGGUCCUUCUCCUAUUGGGACUAAACGCCGGCGGGAAUCUCGUUCCAUGGCUUCAUCCCCUCCCUCUUACGACCUUGCCUCUGUCUUUAGCAGCACUGGUAUUUUUCGUCAUCUGGGAAUAUCGCGCCGCACAACCGAUCAUCCCCAUUCGCCUCCUAUUCGACAGAACGGUGUUCGCAGCAUGUAUAACCAAUUUGUUAUGCUGCAUGGUCCAAUUUCAAUCUCUAUUCUACAUCCCGCUCUAUCUGCAAACUCACGGUGUCAGUGCAGCCCGUGCUGGACUGGUUCUUCUAUUUUCACCGCUCGGCAUAUGUAUAUCUUCAGUUAGCGCAGGAUUUAUCAUGAAGAAAACUGGACGGUAUAUCGCUUUGGGCAUAUUCGCAGUUUCCUUGCAACUUAUUGCUGCUAUCAUCUUGACUACCCUUCGCCAAGAUUCCCCCAUCUGGCCUUUGAGGAUUGUCUUCUUUCUGCUUGGUGCUGGACAAGGAGGCAUGUUGACAGUGACGCUGCUCGCGUGCCUUGCGGCUAUUGAUCAUUCUAAUCAGGCGACGAUAACGUCGGCGACGUACGCUUUCCGAUCCGUUGGUAGUACCGUUGGUGUAACGAUCGGUUCAGCUAUCUACCAGAAUGUGCUCAAGGAGAAGUUAUGGGAACGUUUUGGGGAUCUACCCGGCGCGGCGGAAGAGAUUAAGCGCAUCAGGGAUGAUAUAGAUGAGCUGAAGCAUCUCCCUGAGGGCUGGCACGAUGGCGUCGCCGCUUCACUCCAAGAAGCCUUCCAGAGCGUGUGGUUUACACUUGUUGGAUUGGCUGCGAUAGCGGUGGUUACUGUGUCUCUCAUGAAGCAGCAUAAGCUACAUUCAACCCUGGCAAGGAAGUAAGCUGAAAAAAAUUUCUUUAACACAGAAUUUUAAUGACGAGGCGCGAGCUUGUUACGCUCUUGAUGAUAUUGUAAAGCACACAACUUCUAUGUGGUGGGGCUAGCUACUUCACCUUUUACUUGUGCUUUAGUAGUAGCGAAUUUAGCUCUCCAGAAUAAACCGAAGUGAUGUCCAUCAAUCAAGCAAGGAAUGAAAAGGGACAGCUACUUUCAAUAGUCAAAUAACGAAUGCAUAAUUAAGAUAAACCCUACCUAGUAGACUGUUCGAGUGU